AACAUAUGUUCAUGCAUUGCAGUCUACUGUAGAUAUAUUACACUUUGACAAACCAUAGUACACAAAAUCUGCAAAUACAAAUGAACAUGCUAGCGGGCCCUAACCACUCUGGUGUGUACACGGUCAGUAUCAAUCCCUCAGUGGCUUCACAUGUCCUGAGUCAGUCCGGUACAGUACCUGUCUCACAGCUUGGUAUUAUUACCCAGCCCAACCAACAGCAAGGCCAGAGACGCAUCCCACAAAUAAUGCAAACCGGGCAAGUUGUUAAUCUUGCCCCAGCACGAACUCCACAGAUUGUAAAGCCCUAUACAUGCAGACACUGCCAGAAAACCUUAAGCUCAAGGUACAAUGUUGUUCGUCAUGAGAAAAUCUGCAAGUCCAACACAGCUGCCCAAAUGCAACAAGAACAACCCCAACCUCAAGUGCCUCAACAACAACAACAACAACAGCAGCCGCAACAAACACAACAACAACAACUUGAAGGGAAAACCACAUUUCAAUGCUACUUUUGCCACAAAACUGGCUUCACCAGCCAAGAGAGCCUUACCAAGCAUCAGAAGAAAUGCAAGAACAACCCUGCCAACCACGUCCAGCGUGAUCGCCAUGAACACGGACGACGCGUGCAUAUUUGUAAAUACUGUGCCAAAGAGUUUAGCACCAAGUGGAAUGUGAUCAGACACGAGCGACUUUUCCACAGCCCCAAUGACCCCGUGAUUGUCCCUCAUUCAGUAGCAAAUGGAAUGGCAGUUACUGUGGCUGCUGCUGCUCCUGUUGGCAAACCAGAAAGAUAUUGUCGUUUCUGUGGAAACUACUUCAGCUCAAAGUACAAUGCGAUACGACAUGAGAAAAUCUGCACCAGGGUAAAUGAAAACCCUUCAACCCAGGAUCCCCCUGCCUCUGCUCAAAAACCAAUACAGGUAACCACCAACCCCAUUACUGCACAACCCAUGGCUCUUACUCUCCCUACAACACAACAACAUCCCAGUAAUCAACAACAACUAUUACAACAACAACUCUCACAACAAACACAACAGAUUCAACAACAACAACCUCAAAGCAACAUUCAAACCCAUCAACAAACAAGCUUACAAAAUCAACAACAACAACAACAACAGCAACAAAGACAACAAAUUAUACCACAACAGACCAUGGUACUUAUCGAGCCGCCAACCACCCCCUAUCAUGUAUGCAAAUAUUGUAACAAGCAGUUAUCAACAAGAUGCGAUCCGAUAGGAAUCACCAACACUGGCUUACAGAAUGGACAAACUGUGGCAACUGUAACAGGGCAACACAUGCAGCUUCCUAUAUGUUCCUCAACCACACCAUUAGGACUUGUAACGCCUGUCAUGGCCUCUUUACCACAAGUUGCAUUUGUACAACCGCCUCUGCAGCAACUUCAUCAAACCCAACCAAUGGUUCAACAUCAACAACCACAACAACAACAAAACCAUCUUCAACCAGAGAAGCUACAGGGCAACAACCAAAACCAUCAACAUCAAAUCAACAUUCAACACCUAAAUUUACAACAACAACCGAGAAUUCAACAACAACAACAGCAACAACAUUUAAGGCAGCAGCUACAACCUGCUCAGCAACAACAACAACAACAACAACAUCAUCAACAACAAGAACCCACGCAGGCUGGACAACACACAGAUCGCCCGCAUGGUUGUAAAUAUUGCGAGAAACAUUUCGCAACAAAGUGGUAUCUUGAUCAACAUGAGAAGAUACAUACAGGGGAGGCAGAUAUGUGCAAGCAGUGCGGAAAAUACUUCGUUACAAGGUGGCAUUUGGAUAAACACAUGCGGGUACAUAUGUCUGGGGGAUCUACUUCAUCAAAACGCUUAAAAAAAGAGGCGCAAUCGACCACUACGACGGCAAUGACCACUGAUAGUGAUAACACAUUAGUCCAACAUGUACCUGCAAUUGAGUUCCAGCAACAGAUUUUAGUUGAACCACCGGCAACUUCUAUCAGACAAAUCAUUUCAUCGGCCGCGACUGUUACAGUGAGCGCUGACCCAGAACGGGGGCCCCCAUCCACCCAUGUUGUGUCAGCGAGCUACCCCCACCCCACGGACAACACCCAGGUUUUUCUACAAACAAUAAACCAACAACAAAUCAGUCAAGAAUCUGCUGGAGUGAGCGGCUCACGAGAAAACACAGAACAGCAACAACAACAGACAAACCAAGAUAAAAACCAGCAACAACAACAUACACACCAGAUGUCUAUUUCUUAUGCUUAAUUGUACAACAAAAAACUAUGGUGCAUAUUAGACAUACACAUGUACAUAAUAAAUGAUUAGUGUAUAUGAAAUUAGCACGAUGCUACAUAGAUAACUAACCAAUUAUCUGUAUUAUUAUUGGCCAGUUUCUUAAAUAGAAACCAUUUUUAUCAUCGCAUUUUUAGAAUGAAUAAGUACAAUACUGUUUUCGGACAGGUCGAUUUUAUUGUAAAAUGAUUUGUUCCAUUUAUAUUAGGGUGUUUAAUUGUUCAUGAAGUCAAUGGUGGACUUUUAAAUUAAACAUAUCAUGAGACUUGA